AAACCCAAACCUUAUAGCGUCUAGGUUUAGGGUUUACGGUUUGAGUUUUAAAUCUAAGAUUUGGGUUUAGGGUAUACGGUUUGGGUUUAGGGCUUAGGAUUUGGAUUUAGGGUAUAUGAUUUGGGUUUAAGGUUUACGGUUUGGGUUUAGGGUAUAGAUUUGAGUUUAGAGUAUAUGGAUUAAGUUUAGGGUAUAGAGUUUGGAAUUAGGAUUUAAGGUUUAAGGUUAAGAAUUUAAGAUUUAGGGUUUACGGUUUAGCUAGCGGUGUCAGUGUCGUCAAAAUUGACGUUAUUUUUUAGCUAUUUUUAAAUAAAUUUUUUUAUUUAAUUAUCUACGUAGCAUUUUGAUUGGUCAUAGAAUGUAGGGGUUACCCUAAGGGUGAACCUAAAUUUUGUAUAAACCAAAUGAUGAUCGACCAUGGACCAGCCCGUACUGCAGGCCCAAUCUGGGACAUGAUAAAGACAACCAGAGACUAUGUGUUUAUCUAGUAUAUAUUCCAUGUAUAUCUGUAACAUAGUGUUUAUCCUUAUCCUUAUCUUGUUAGGAUAAACAUGACCUUAUGACGGUCUAAUACCUUGUAUAUAUAUGGACCUUCUCGUCGACAGUAAUGAGAAUAGAUGUAUUUCCCCAACACUUCAUUUACAACACGUUAUCAGCACGACGUUGCUCUCAUAAACCCUAACCCUAAAAACCAGAAAUAAAUCCGAGCAGUAAAAAUCCUAAUUCCCGACGAACUUCAAACAGCUCUAUCCCUCAACUCCGGUGGAUCCAGACGACGAGCCAGAUACCAAAUUAAAGCUCUUGACGAGACGAAGCCAACGCCGCUAACCCCGCAUCAAUCGAAGUUCGGACGCGCCCUCAUGCUCAGCUACAAUACAGGCGGAAAAUUUGUUCCAGAAACCAAAAUCUCUCUCAACCAUAUACCAGUCUCCUAUUCCAACAAGCAGCAACAAAAACAAUAAUUCCGAGCAAUCCAUCAGCUAACCAGGAAGAUCUCUAACUGAUAGACCGAUCAACCCAUCAAAAGUUUUCAGAUGUCGAGUUUCAUACCCUCAGAUUACAAAGCCCUUGAUCUCUCUGGAGAUAAUUAUCUUGAUUGGGCUAUAAACACUUCAGCCGUCUUGAAGUCUAGAGGACUUGGGAAGUGCAUCAAGUAUGGCAAUGACACCCUUGCGUGUGAAAGACACAGAGCCAUAAUGAUUAUGCGACACCAUCUCUGUGAGGACCUAAGAGACGAGUUUGGAUAUGUUAAUGAUCCUCAUAAUCUCUGGUCAUUUUUGAAUUCUAGAUUCUGUGAGCCAUUGUUGCACGAAUCCAAGAAAAAAUGGGAAGCUCUAAGGUUCCAGGAUUAUGAAUCCGUGGACAAUUAUCACUCUGAUCUUAUGAGAAUCACCUAUAGUCUUAGACUAUGUGGUGAAUUGGUAACAAACGAGGAUUUGUUAAACAAAACUCGUGACACAUUCCAUUCAGAGGAAGUGUUGUUAUCCCAUCAGGCCAAAGGUUUCACCACCUAUUAUGACAUGUUCUCAUAUUUAUUAGACACUGAGCAAAAGAAGCAGAAAAGGAUGGAUAACAUCAGACGGUUUAAUGACAUCAUAGAGAUAUAUUAUGAAGUACUAGAUAGUGAGAUGAAAAUCCCUGAAGCUAAUAAAGCCACAUUUGAUAAGAAGAGAUCUGAGGAGGAUUCCGAGUGGACACUCAUGGACCAUGAGGUCGGAUUAUACAUUGACUAAUUUUCCGACAUUCUGAUUUUAUGUUUUCAUAUCUGAUUUGAUUUAUUUGUUAUUCAUUUAUGUUAUUGAAAUAAUAAAAACGAUUUUUUUUAUAUAUAUUAUCUUGCUUGAUGA